GCCCUCACCUCGCCUCACCUCGCGCCCUCUUUGGUUUGCGAAACGUAACGGGUGUGUUCGAGGCGAAGGGCUUGUUCCCUAGGAGGAUGGGGGGCGGUGGGGGGGAGGAUGGGGGGUAUAUAAAACGCCCGCGCCCCGGUCCCGGCCCGCACGUUGAAUAUUUAUGAAGUGGAACAAAAGACAAAAACAACCGCCGUCCGCCUCCGCCUCCACCGCCGCCGCCACACCCAGCGCCACCACGACCACGACCGUCACCACCACCGAAAAAUCCCGAACCUCCUCACUCGGCUGCUACAUCAUGUGCUGCCUCCCCAUCCCGACACUGCACCGCAAGCCCUCAGCGACCUCCUCCACCUCCACGACGAUAAGCCGCAGCCGGGCGUCGACCGCCUCACCGGACAGCUGGUCGUCGUCGUCGUCGUCGUCGUCAACGGUACAACAACAGGAGGAGCACGUAGCGCCGCGAAUAGUGUCCAGCAAGGCUGUGCGCGUGAACCGGCACGCGACGCCGCAGCGCGUGGCGUCAAAGGUUGUGCGCGUGCGCCAUCACAGACCCAAACGGGUCGGCGGGAAUUGUCACUGCGAGAAUGUUGCUACGACGGGAGACGAGGCUGCGGAUGCGGCCAGGAGGAGGGUCGUCAGGGAGGUUUAUAGCACGUAGGUAGGGUGCGAGGGUUUUGAUUUGCGGUUUUGGAAUUAAGUGGGAAUUGGCGGUUGCGAGUUUACGUUUGCGUUGCGAGACGGUGUAUAACUGAGGGGGCAUUUUUUUUUCUUGUGUGUUUCUUUUUCUUUCUUUUCCUUUUCCGUUUCUUUUCUUUUCCUGGACGUUUGUUUUGAGGGUCUGUUAUCUUUUUUUCCGG